AGGAGGGGGAGAAGGGGAGAGGAGGAGGAGCCAAAGGGAGGAGGAGAGGGUCGGAGAACGACUCUGUGUCACCCAGCGGCUCUGAGGACACUCGGGAGGAGCUGACGGAGGUCAGCGAGUCCAAAGAGACGGGGGAGACCGAGGACCCGGAGCGCCCCCGUCCUCUCGGUGUCUCAGGACUGGGUUCCCAUCCUGGACAAGGUCUUUGGUCAGAAGUGGUGCAGUGAUGUCUGGCAGAUCAAGGAGCUGGGUGGAGGAGGAAGAGGAGGAGGAGGUGGUGGUGGGCGGCGGAGUCUGGGUGAGGGGGGCAGAUCAGGUGGCGCCUCUCUCCACCCCCUCCGUGACCCUGGAGCCCUCCCCCUCCUCCCCCAGCAGGACCCCCGCUGGACUCCCCUGGAGGACAUGGAGGUGUUUUCUCCUGAUGAGGAGGCUGCAGACGGUCAGAGGAGGACCAGCGGACCUGGACCUCCAUCUGGACCCCGAACUGGAUCCAAACCUGGAGCCAGCCACACAGGCCGCCGGUCCUCGGCCUCGAUGCUCCAUCGUCUCCUGACUCUUCCGUCUCAGUUGCUGGAGGAGGAAGACGAAGACGCCGCUAAAGACUCGCUCAACGUUCUGUCGGUGGACGGAACCGCUGAGGGUCCAGGUCGAGUCCAUCGGUCCCCCACCAGAGAGGAGGAGGAGGAGGAGGAAGAGGAGGAGGAGGAGGAGGAAGAGGAAGGAGAGGAGGACAAAGGGAGGAAGAGGAAGAGGAGGAGGGUGUGGUCAGAGUGUGAGGAAUGCGGUCGUCGGUUCAGUCGGAUGUCUCUCCUGAAGGCUCACCGUCUGACGCACGCCGUCGCCGCGGCGUCCGCCUCGUCUCCGCUUGGCUCCGCCUCCUCCGCUCUGAGCUGCUCGCACUGCGGCAAGAGGUUCUCCUCGGCGACCCGCCUCCACAGCCACAUCCGGACCCAGCACCCCGGGAACCGGUCCUGAACCGGAGCCGGGUUCAACCGGAACCAGGAAACAGAAACGGGAUCAACAGAGUCCAACAGAGGUGGAGAAAAACCAGACCAGGAUCCACGGAACCAGACCAGGAUCCACGGAACCAGAUUACAAUCCUCAGAACCAGAUCAGAACCAGGAUCAGGAUCUGAGCAACAGGAUGAGAUUAUUGAUUACAUUUCUUUAAACAACAAACCUGGAACAAAAACAAACCAGAUCAAUAAACUAUUUAUCAGAAACCUGAAAACUGAAAUGUAUAAAUCUGGUCUAGAAUCUGUCGUUCCCUCAUCAUCACCACACGACAGCCAAUCAGAACGUCUCUAGAGGAAGGUCACAUGAUCGGUCCUCAUCCAGGUCCACAUGGGAUCUGGUUCUGGUUCUGGUUCUGUUGUCCAGUUUGAGUUUUUAGCAUCAAAACAUUCAGCUGAUUAAACGUUUUUAACUUUUUAAAAAAAAAGAAAGUUCCCAAACAACAAACCGACAGAUCAAUGAGGAGUCAGAUCAAUACCACGCCAUGUCAACGGUUUUGUUUUCACUCAAAAAACAAAACGCUUUAAAUAUUUAAAACAAAACGACGUGAAGAGAAGAAUGUUGGUUUAAAUUCUCUAAACUUCAGAACCUUAAAGCAUUAUUUAAAGAACCUUAAAACAUUAUUUAAAGAACCUUAAAACGUUCU